AUGAAGAUGAUGAAUAGAUUUACUUGCAGCUACCCUCCUGCACUUGUGCUGCUGGUGCAUUGUCUAGUUACUAGUGCUUGCUCAGCUAUGAGGGAAAGACUAAACAUAUCCACCGAUCAUUCUGCCCUUUUAGCCCUCAAAGCUCAUAUCACUUCAGACCCACACCAAUACUUGUCAAAGAAUUGGUCUGCCGAUGCAACACAUGUUUGUGACUGGAUUGGAGUCAAGUGUGGCUCUCCACUACACCAAAGAGUGGCCGCCUUGAACAUUUCGAACAUGGGUUUUACUGGCACGGAUCCUCCCCAGCUGGGAAAUCUGCCAUUUCUUGUUUUUCUCGACAUCAGAAGCAACUAUUUCCAAAGCAAUCUGCCUCGAGAGUUGUCCCGUUUACAGCGACUGAGUUUUAGCGGUUUUAUUCCUUCUUCCAUCUCCAACUUGUCGCAUUUAGAAACCCUGGAUCUGUCCUCUAAUUUCCUGGAAGGGACUAUUCCGGAACAGAUUGGGAAUAUCUCCAUUCUCAAAAAGUUGUGUCUUUCUGGGAAUGAGUUAGUUGGCCAUAUACCAUCAAGUUUAUCUGGAUGUUUGGAACUUCGAUUACUAAACUUGUCAUCCAACAAAUUCAGUGGGCACGUACCUGGAGAAAUUGGGAAAAUAAACGAGCUUGAGGGCUUGUACCUUGGCACUAAUAAUUUAAUAGGUAUAAUUCCAAGGGAGAUUGGCAAUCUGCGUAAUUUGAAGUUUCUCCAGCUUAAGGAAAACCAGAUAACAGGUUUAAUUCCUAGAGAGAUCGGUAAUCUGUUAUGA